AACAAAGUUACCCAUGCUGCCUCGGCAGUUACUUGAAGCCUGCGACUUGGCAGGCGACCUGUUGCAUGUCGCUUCGGAUAAAACUGCAACGUAUGCCUGCACCAUAAAGAGCUAACUGUCCUCCUUGUGUAGCAUCAACAACUGGAAUCGCUGGACUAAGGGUCUCUUCAUCGCUCGCUAAGUCAGACACCAAGUCAACCUGAGUCACGAUGCUUUGGCGCAGUCUCCUCGCAGCUGCGGCUAUUGCGCCCGCCGUGGACGCUGCCGCAACUUUACGUUUCUCUUGCUCUCAGCUUGUUGUUGACCGUCUCGACCCUCUAGUCAACCCUGGUGCACUCCCAUCUCCUCAUCUUCACCAGAUCGUCGGAGGAAAUGCCUUCAACUCUACGAUGGACCCGACCGUACAUGAUCUACCAUCUACAGCCACAUGUACUUCAUGCACGCCUACAGAAGAUUUCUCUAACUAUUGGACUGCGGUUCUCUUUUUCCGCGCGCGGAACGGGACACUCCACCGAGUCAACACCUUCGGCAACGAGCUUGGCUUCACCGGAGCCACUGGGGGCCAAACCGUGUAUUACCUGUCGCAAGGCAAGGUAACAGCCUUCAAGCCAGGAUUCAGGAUGACAGUCGGCGACCCAAGCUUCCGCACCGCUGCUCAACUGAACGCGAAAUAUAAGUACAUGGAUUUCACAUGUUUGCAGUCCUCUAUGACACGCGGAGGGCAAACCCUAAACUUCCCUAACAAGCCCUGUCCAGCCGGGAUUAUGAUCAGUAUCCGGUUCCCUACUUGCUGGGACGGCAAGAAUCUAGACAGCCCUGACCACCAGAGUCACGUGGCAUAUCCAAAUGGCAAUAAUUGCCCAGCCAGCCACCCUGUUACUAUCCCCCAGGUGUUCUACGAGACGUACUGGAACACUCGCCCAUUCAACAACAAGGCCGACUGGCCGGCCGAUGGCUCGCAGCCUUUCGUAUGGUCCUUCGGUGACAAGACCGGAUACGGAAUCCACGGAGACUACGUAUUUGGGUGGAAGGGCGAUGCGCUGCAGCGCGCGAUGGACCAGAACUGCAAUAGCGACUUGUUCGCUAACAAGAUCAACUGCAACACGCUGAAGACUCAGUCGCUCGCUGAUGCCAAUAAGUGUGUCAUCUCUAGAAAGGUGACCGAGAACCUGGAUGGGUGGAUGUCUAGCUUGCCUGGUGACAUGCCUAUCAUGUGAACAUAGGAGUUAUGUUGAGCUCCAUGUCGAUGUUGGUUAGGGAUGGGGUUCGCUUUGAUGUGGACUGUAGUUAUUAGUGGUAUGUUCUAGAGAUAUAAAGUAACACUUCGAUUUACUUGCUCGCUCUCUCGUAAGCCUAUCUCAAUGUAAUAAUAACCUUAAGACUAGUACAGGUAAGGGGGACUUAAAGGACUCGAACUGUACCGGAUUAAACACAGUUGUCUAACUAACAACAAAUCUGCUACAUAAUUGCAACUUGUUUCCCGUGCCCUUCCGGAGUCAUAGUGUAACGCGUAUAAUUGAUAACCACGCGAACCUAAGACUGGAUGUAACGAGGUGUAGUGUAUAAUAGCAUCCCGUCGUGGCCCAGCACGAGGCCGUUAGCUGAAACCGACCCAUCUAGUUUAAGGUAACGUUAGUUGAAGUAAGAGAACCUGCAACUAUAGCUCGGUUUGAGCUCUUAUGGCGAUGGGGUUCUAUCCUAAACUCACUUCUCAGCUUUGAAUGAGGCAUGAUCAGUUACACGUAAGCCUACGCUUUAAAACGAGUAGCAUCGAUCAUAUAAAACUUAAGAACCAGGCCAAAUUGUUGCGAAUAGGACUUCUGUUAGCAUAUAUGGC